GGAGAGCCGAAAAUCCAACGGUGGAAUCUGCGACGGACGGUGAUGAAGUUUAUGCCUUUGAAUUUGAUAAAACCCAUUGUUGUGUUGUUAGUCACACUUACCAGCGCAGUUUUCUUCGUGUUUCAGUCCCCACAAACCCAAAACCCUUCUUCAUCUUUGUCUACCAUGUCUUCUUCUUCUUCCUCCUCUUCAAUGGGUCGAAGCUUUGUUCUCUGGCUUCACGGUUUGGGUGACUCUGGCCCUGCCAACGAACCCAUCAAGAACUUGUUCACUUCCCCUCAAUGGUCAUGUAAUGCCCUCAUGGUUUGACAUUCAUGAGAUUCCUAUAACUGCUGACUCUCCACAAGAUGAGAGUGGUUUGAUUAAAGCUGUUAAGAAUGUGCAUGCUACAAUAGACAAGGAAAUAGCUGAUGGCACAAACCCUAAUAAUGUAUUUAUCUGUGGAUUCAGUCAAGGAGGUGCAUUGACCUUGGCUAGCGUUCUGCUUUACCCAAAAACUUUAGGUGGAGGUGCAGUAUUUAGUGGCUGGGUACCAUUUAACUCAUCUUCGUCCAUCAUAGGACAAAUUACACCCGAGGCAAAGCGGGUACAAAUAUUUAAGAAUUUUCAUUAUUCUCAUUACUUGUUUGAUACACCACUAUUGUGGUCCCAUGGGAUUAUUGAUAGAACAGUCUUGUUUGAGGCUGGACAAGCAGGUCCCCCUUUCCUUGAAAAAAUUGGUGUUGGCUGUGAAUUUAAGGCUUAUCCUGGUCUUGCUCACUCAAUAAGCAAUGAGGAACUCCGAAAUCUGGAGUCGUGGAUCAAGACACGCCUACAGACUUCUUCGUAAUCGUUUCUGGUCCCGCAAGAUUUUUCUCUUUUUUUCAUUUAUUAUUUUACCUUGGUGGUGGAAUUUGGUAUGGCCUGCAAGAAAGUAAAUCACCUCAAUGGCUGAAAGGGGGGAAUGGUGGAAUUUCGUAUCUUGCAUUGCAAUAUUUAUGAUAGAUUUGAUGGGGCAGCCUUCUGAUCAAUGCUUCAUUGUCCAUUUGUUAAUGUUAAAAGUUAGAAACAGAAGUGUAAGUGUUAUUACUCUCUCUGUCCCUGUUUUUCAUACAUUUUACCAUUACCUUUUUCUUUCCUCUGGAAACCCAUGAAUGAAAUAAUUCACUUUUAGCUAAAAGAA